AAACCAACCAACCGUCGCCAAGUUCGGAUCGCAAACACUAUUCGUCGUCGCCCGUCGGUCGGUCGCAUCGCAUUCGCAUACUCGCGUCGCAUACGCAAGCAAGCAGAAGAACGGUGCUGAUGGUGUGUUUUGUGUGGUGCGUCGCGGUAUUGUAAGGUAUGGUAGAUGAACCUGAACAGCAAAGCGCAGUGAAAAGAAAAUUGAAUCAUCGUCGUCGUCGUCGCGUCUUGUGCGGGGUGCUGCUAAUCGGUUGUGACCGUCGCGAAAAGGUACCGAGAAAAGUGCAUUAUCUUUCGGUGCAAUUCGGUGGUUCCUAUUGAGCGCUAGUAUUCGUCAAGUGAAUGUUGGAAAAAGUGUAACAAUUACAAUUUAAAUAGCCACAGCCACAAACAAUAUGGGCGAAUGAGUGCUUUCACGAGAGAGGGAUAGAGAGAAAAGAAUCACGUCCGAUGGGAGAGAACGAGAGCGAGCGUGCUUAUGGAUAACAUCAGAGUGCGAUCAAACAGCGUAUAGACUUCGGUGGUGUUGAAUAAAGAAGACCGACGAAGAAGCAAAUUCGGAUCAAAUUUUAAAGUGCAAUGUUUUCUUCGGAAAGGUGCCGUACGCGAUAGUGGAGUGUCAGGUUUUUCCUGUUUGAAAUAAAAUAAAAAUAUUCCGAUUCAACAAAAGCGUGCUUAUUGGUUUGUCGACAGAAAAAAAGCGAUCAAACAGGGAAAGUGACGAUUCUGGAAAACGGGGAAAGGAUAAUUAGCAUAGCAGUCCAAAUGUAUCAUCAUCAUCAUCAUCGUCGUCGGUCGGGUUCGAAUGUCAAGGAUUACUAGCUUGCUAAUGAGAUUUUUUUUGUAAACGUGGCGGCGGCGACGGCGGAGUGACAACACUUUCGGAAGUGUAUUUCGCUGUGAGCAAAAACCGCGCGGCGCAAACGAGUGGGCGAAAGGGAAAAAAAAUUCGCCAGCCAACUAAAACUAAAAAUUACUUCAAACAGCAGAGGCGGCGAUUGUUCCAUUGGUGAUCGAAACGGGUUAACGAGAUGCAGCCACCACGCAAUGUUAGAAAGAGAACAACCCCCAUCACCGGACAACAACAACAACAGUGGUGACGGGAACGGCGGGCUCGGGAUCGGAGGCCGGAGGAAGAAACACAACACCCAGAAGUAGUAGUAGUAGUAGCAGGAAGCCGCCACCACCACAACAGGUCAUAAAGCACACACGUCGCUUUCCUUUCCUUGCGAUCUCAACCCCGAGCUGCUGCAGCAGCAGCUGGUGGUGGUGCCCUUUCCUUUGGGGAGGUUGGGAGUGAAGCAACUCGUUCGUUCGUUCGUACGUGGGUAAAAGGACAAUUGGACUCAACGCGUUGGACAACAAAACUCUUCAAAGUAGCGGAAGGUCAGCUUCGGCCCCUACUGGAAAUAACAUUGGCCUAUAAAGUUCGGUAGCUUAACACGCGAACUCCGGACGCGAAACUGUUGCAGUAGUCCCACAGCAGACGUACUAAAGGUGCGGGGGAAUAUAUUAGUAGCAACCUGAAACAGCAGCAGAAGCAGCACCAGCUGAUUCGAAGGGUCUUCAUGUUCGGACAAAAGAGCGAAAGGAUGGAUCUGAACGAAUGUUUACAGUCGGCCUCGGAGAUUGUCGAGAAUCGACUGUACUUCGUGGCCUUCAAGAAGGACUUCAAACCGAGGGGUACGUCCAACACGCACUACUUCACCAUCGACGACGAGCUGGUGUACGAGAACUUCUACAACGACUUCGGCCCGCUAAACAUCUGCAUGCUGUACCGGUACUGUCAACUGCUGAACGAGAAACUCCGUUCGGCACAGCACGCCCGCAAAAAGAUCGUCCACUACACCUCGAUGGAUGCCUCGAAGCGACUGAAUGCGGCCUACCUGAUCGGUGCGUACUCGGUGAUCUAUCUGAAGCGAACGCCGGAUGAGGCGUUGAAACCACUGACCAGUGGGUGUAACGUGUUGACUUAUACGAAGUUUUGUGAUGCUUCGUACGUGUACUCCGGCUACCGGAUAUCGCUGUACGAUUGUAUUCAUGCGGUGGCGAAAGCGCUGGAAGCGGGGUUCUUUAAUUUUGCGGAUUUCGAUUCGCAACAGUACGAGUAUUAUGAGAGGGUAGAGAAUGGUGAUUUUAACUGGAUCGUACCGGAUAAGUUUUUGGCUUUUUGUGGUCCCCAUAGUAAGUCCCGGUUGGACAAUGGCUAUCCGAUUCAUGCCCCGGAGACUUACUUUGAGUAUUUUCGGAAGUACAACGUGACGACGAUUAUUCGGUUGAAUGUGAAGAUUUACGAUGCGGCGAGGUUUACCGGGGCGGGAUUUACCCAUCAUGAUUUGUUUUUCGUCGAUGGGAGUACACCGAACGAUGCCAUACUGAAGAAAUUUUUAACGAUCUGCGAACAGACGGAGGGAGGAAUCGCGGUGCACUGUAAGGCCGGUCUCGGUCGAACGGGAACACUGAUCGGGGCGUACCUCAUCAAACACUACAAUUUUAACGCGCUGGAAGCGAUUGCCUGGUUGCGGCUGUGCCGCCCGGGUUCCGUUAUUGGCCAUCAGCAGCAGUGGAUGCUGAGUAAGGAAGCUUUCCUAAUGAAUGAAGGGAAUGCGUAUCGUAAACGACAUGCGAUCGGUAAACCGAUCAAGCACGAGUACGGAAUCUACAGCGUUAAACAGUAUGCCGGUCGGAGGGAGGAACUGCAGCAGUCUUGUCCGGAAGCGGUUCGGAGUAGUCUGUCGACGUCCUCCGGUUCGUCGUCGUCUGCCUCGUCGGCAACAUCGUCCUCAUCGGCGACACCGGUGACGAGUAAGGCUACCGAUCACAGUAACAUAAGCAGUACCUGCCGGGGGCAGAUGCUGCUGAAGGAACGGGUCCGUGGAAUAUCCCACAAGGUGGACACGAUGCGGUUGAACGAUGAGGAAGAGCAGCAAGAGCAGAACAAUCAGUUGAAUAAUAAUUUUGACGGUGGGACAAGGCUAACAGCAGCGGUGGUGGAUGUCGUUGACGGGCCUGGUGGGAUGGACUCACCGACGACGUUGAGUGUGGAUCGGAAAUGUGCUACCAUACCGGUGACCAGGCGGUCUAAGACGGUUCGCACGAGUCGGUUGAUCUCGCUGGAACAGUCCCAGCAAACGCAGGGCGAUAAACUUAAUCAGAUCAAGGCCAUGAGGAGGAGACCGUCGCGGUCCGCGAAUGUUAUUACCCAGUGUCACGACGAACCGCCCACUAACAAUCGGUUCAAUCUGAACCAACUGCAUCAGCACUAUCACCACCAUCAUCAUCACUACCAUCACCAUCACACCCGUGCUAAAUCUCAACCAUUCCGCAAUACUACCGCUAUUAAUCCGAACAACAAUCACAACAACAACAACAAUGCCAUCACGAACAACAUUAUCAACAACAACAACAACAGUGAUCGAAUCGCUGCUGCUGCUGGUGCAUCCAGUGUUGCCAGUGUGCAAGCCAAUAAUCUCUUGAAUCAAAUCGCCUCAUCCUGCAAUCGCCAUCCUCCACCACCUCAAACCACAUCAUCCUUAUCAUCGACGACGACGACGAUGGAUGCAGUGGCGACGGUGCCCCCAAAACAGUCAACGGUGGAAGCGGUGGCGGCGUCGACGACGACGUCGUCGUUGUUAGACAAAGUGCCAUCCGAUUCAUCCGGAGUAGUUCCUGCUUCGGGUGUUACCCGACAUCAGACAGUGGCGACGCUCACAAGCAGCACUAGAUCGAAGGGCCUUCAGGAAGAGAACAGUGGUGCAGGAGAGGAGCAGUUAACAGUUACAAGUACUACUACUAUUACUACCAUUACAAACACUAACAAUAGUGCCAAUGGCAAAGAUACACCUGCAGCGACUACUACAACGCCGGUAACAAGCACGACCGGAGGAGGAUGCUAUGCGACGAGUCUGCUGGUUCCGUGCUCCACGCGGCAGAACAAUCGGUUGUUCAGUAAGAGGUCCGUCUCUACCAACCAGCAAAAGAACAAAAAGAAUGUACAAAACAUGGCGGAAGCUACCCAAACCCAGCAGCCUUCGCUCACCGGUACCGGAACGAACUCAUCGACAACAACAACCACCACCAACGCCAUCACCGGCUCGGUAGCACCAAGUCCCAACCCCCUCAUCAAGCUAACCAUGAAGGACGAGGUUAAGCAGCGAGCCUCGGUUCGAACGGUUCGGAACAACAGCCUGGAAAGCUAUCAUCAUCACUACCAGUACAUCAACAUCCCGAACAUCAUCACGUACAAGCGUGGCCGCUCGAAGAUUCCCGCCUCGGCACGGUUGCGGUCAAGCUUAGCGGCCGAGAAUGCAAACGCCGCUACCACCGGUGGAACUGGUACAAAUGUCACCACCACGACAACCACCACCUCCGGAAGAAAGGACGAUUCGGACUCCAUCCAACUGAUUCUGAACAAACCGACAACGCGGCGAACUCGUAAUUCCGGCGGAGGAACGGCUCCGUCACAGUUGAUAGGUACCAGUCCAUCGACGGCUUCCGCUGACGAGCUGAAUGGGAACGGAGGAGGCGGACUCACAACGGCGGAACUCACGCUAAGCGGAGACGACCACAAAAACAACAACGGUGACAUCAAUCUGGAACUGACCAGCCUAGUAGCUGGCGGUGGUGUCAUCAAGCGUAACAAACGAUCUCGCAGUAGUACAAAGAUUGAGAAGGAAAAGCUGGACGAAAAGGGCAGUAAGGUGCUGCGGAAGAAUGGAGGAAUGGUAGGAGGAGGUGGUACCACCGGUAGUAGUGGUAUCCCGGUGGUGGCAACCGGCGGGGGGGUUCGAGCUGGCGGCGAUUCGAAGGGUGCAAGCACGGAGAGUAUUACCUCCGCUGCCAGCACGCCGACCUCGAGCUUGACGAGAAACACAUUCAGCAGUAGCUCGUUGAAUCGGAAAAUGGGCUCGGCGAAGGUGCAGGAAGGUAGUUCCAUUUGCGCGACUAAUUCGUUGAAGGUUCGGAAAAAGUGAAAACCGUACUGAAUGAAGUGAGGCGUGGGGGGUAUAGCAUUUUAAAGCACACACUAAUCCAGGAUUAGUGUGACCUGUGUGUAUUUUUAGAUUUAGGCGAAGGGCUAAGGGAAAAGUGCAGAAUCGAUUUCUGUGAUGUGUGACGCCGUUGGUAUAGUUCAUCAUUCAGCUUAUUAUUUGUUUUGGUUAACAAAAAAUGCAAAACCUAUCGCAGUGCGAUAAUUAGUUACUAAAUUGUUACUAACUGGGGGCGCCACCGAGAACCUGCAAUAGAUUGAGCUUCAUAGUUUAUUUUUUUUUCUAGCUUUAGGAAUUUAGCGUUAAACCCGUUAUUAAUUUUGCCUUCUUCGUUCAUGUUUGGGACAAACUAGCGCUCUCUGUAUAGGCUUUGCCAGGGGCAACCUUAAAGCUUAUUGCAAAAUUUGAUUAUUCAGCAAUGCUUGCCUGCAACAUACAAUAUACAAAAUAAUGACAGUUUUUAGCAUUGGUAGGAAAUAGAUCCGCCGCGCGAGUAAGAACAUUCAGAUUUGCCAUGUUUCCAGAUUGAUAAAUAACUAUAUUUUAAACAACAGACAGCAUUUGUAUAAAACAUAAAAACUGGCGGAACUCAAAUACGCAUCUGUCAGUGUAAAUCGCCGAUUGUAAAUAGCUAAAACAAAAUAUAGAAAAAAAAAAAACGAUUCAUAUAAAAAUAUGCUUGAGAUUUCAAAAGUACAAAAUGAAAACUAAUAUCUAACAGCAACUAAUGAAGAGCAUAAUCGACUUAUUAUUGCGAUUUUGAUUUGUGUUGGCAUCUUUACUUACCCCAUUACGGCACCGAUUUCCGGAAGACGAUUCAAUUGAUUACUUUCUUUUUGAAUUCUAUUUCUAUUUCGGCGAACACUUGUUUGCUCCACCACCUCCAAGCUAUCGAUCGAGUCCUUGAGUGUCUGCGUUGUACGUAGUGAGCGAAGAAACCGGGACCCCAUUUCGAAUGUAACAACAUAUCAGUGAGAUUGGCUAUACUGCGAUAAAAACCUGUAAAGAAAAGAGUUUAAAAUGAAUGAUCAGUUGGUAACUAGCUUGGGUUAUUCAUUUAAACUAAAACAGCAGGACUUGUCCGUCAAGACUUUCAAAUGUUUCGAUUAUAAGCUACAUAUAUGCAGCCUCAUUCUAUUUUAAGAACCGUUGCUUUUUUCACCGAAUGUAACUUGCUUUCUUAAAACCACAGCAAAAUUGAAUUACUGAGAUUCACAAAAGGCAUAAAAAGAAGAGGUCCGAGAUUACUUUCUUGAGGGACGCCCCAUGUUAUUGUGGAAUCGAUCUGAAAGUGUAGUUCCAAGUCGAAAAGAAACACUACAGUUACUUUGAAAGGUACGAGAUCCAAUUAGUCAGUCACUUCGGAAAUUCAGGUCGCCGCCAUAGUUUUUUUUACAUUAAAUUGACGAGGAACUGCUUCACUUUCUCAAUCAUCGUCGACCAGAAGAGCUAAGCAGUUUCGUAGUUGGCGAGUACUUUCUCACUAACCCCUAAGGCUGGUCAGAAGUGAUGUCAUUUAAUGCGGGAUAGAUAACAAAACAACGUACUUUCAAUGACUUGGAGAGGUAGCUUUGGAUUGAAAUUCCUCUAAUAAGUUCUGCCAUUUAGGUACGUUGUCGGUUUUGUAGACUGUUGUUAUUGAAAGACCCUUUCAAUUCGUGAAAAAAAUAUUCUAAGUAAUAGAGCGAUUGAACAGCAAAGAUGCCGGUAGAACCAGAGAUGAAAAGGAAUUGUUGGUGAACAAUGGUUGGAGCCCUUCUAACCUCGGGUCCUUCGAGCUUGUCAAACUACUCAAUUCCAGUUCAAGCCUUCCUAUUCCAACAAGGUCGUUUAUUACCCGGACAGACUUAUCCAAAGCUCCUAGCGUUAAUAUCGCAAGCCAAAUUAUUCGUGAAUUUGUCGCAUUUAAUUCAUCGUGAGGCGAUUAUGGUUUCGACUAUUAAUAUUUCGUGUUCCAAAGAUACAUUGACUAGAAUAAAAUAUACGACUUCAAAGCUCCAUCAAAUGUAAAUUAUAGUUGUCUAAAACGAUAAUCCUAUCGCGGGUACCAAAUUCAUGACACAACUCUUCGACACAGCAGCAGCAUGCUGUUCGUACAAAGCGAUGUUAAACUAGAAAAAGGCUAGCUGACCCGAACACGAAAAUGAAGCAAAAAGCAAGAGGGUUGGGAGAUAUUUGUGUAGAUUUACCGCCUAAUAGUUGGCCAGAACGCACAUCUACAGCUUUCUCAUUCCGGGCCUCUUUCGUCUUGUUCCGUAUCGUGGUUUUUUUGACCUAUCACGAGAGCUCCUUAACGCAAGCACAAAAGAACUACUUGACAGCACCACACCGGGAACAGAUGAUCCUUCUGGGAAUUAUUUACGGUGUUUACCAAAUUUUCCUCCUUAGGGUGAAAUAUAGCAUAAUUCUUUGCGGGAAAACCACAACCAUCAAUUCUGGGAUCAGUUUCGAACUAUUUUUCAUCGACGAAAAAGUACUUUUGCGAGUAAGAAUGCGUACCGGCCUUUGCAUUGCGUACACGAGCAAAUCGAAUCGGGAUCCGAUUUUUGCAUUGCGUACGCGAACUCUUCUUGGUGACUCCCAAAAACUUUUCAACCGUGAGUUAGUUUUUCCGUCCUUGGCUGCUCUCGCCACACGUCCGUACUGAACCGGUUGUAACUUUUUCUGACCCAUGCGGUUUUUUUUUUGUUUUGACAGCUCCAGUGCUGCCGUCUUCCCGCGAGCGACCAAUGUAGUAUAUACAGGUGUGGCUAAAAUGGCACUUUGGUGUUCGAAAGAUGAGUGGUGGCCAGCGAUGCCAGAUUUACAGACAUGUCUGUAUUUUACAGACUUUUGAUGUCUCCUACAGACGUAGCCAGAGAUCUACAGACUUUUAAAAGGGUAAUAGUGUUUAGUAAAAUUGCACUAGAAUAACGGUUUUCGAAUACGAGUGAUUCCUUCACAAUAGAAUUCUACUUUCAAUCUAUUUUUAAAGUAAAAGUUUAGUGUAACUAGGAUUUACACAACCAUCUACAGACUUUUACAGACAUUUUAGUUAUUCUUCUACAGACAUUUCAAAAAAACAUGUGGCAUCGCUGGGUGGCAUACCGUUCGUCUAGCUCCCAUUUUGCCUCUGGAUUGUUUACAUAUUUUUGGUUUCCAACUUUAACAAACCAUGUGAUUUACCACAUCUAUUUAUACCACAUUGGCGACUGAAAACCCAUCUCUGGUGGGGUGCGUUCACGUCCUCUUGUCUUUUUCGACUGCGUGCUAAACACUCCCAUCUAACACCACAUUGUUGUACUUAUGAUUACCUUUUAUUGCUUGUGGCAAUAAAAAUUGGAUUCCAACCGCACUACGCACUUACUAUUCUUCUCUUAAAUUUUUCUUAUAGACUGGUUAGUUCGACUUGUCUGUCUAUGAAAGCACCAUCUCCAUCACUUGAAAUACAUAUGUUUUGACAGCUCGCAGUUUUCAGUAGCAGUUUCACCACUCGCAGUUUGAAAGCGCGGAAUCCAGGUUGGUGGAAAGUGCGCAAUAUCCACUUUAAAUGUAACAGCGACGUUAGAACUUGGGGCUGGGUAUAUUGCUCAGAAGAUAUUGUUCCGUAAGAUAUACGAGCGGCUAUCUGCUCUAGACGGUCGGCUUCAUCGACAAAAAUUACUUUGAGGUUCUUUUUGAUUCCAACCAAAGCACCACCACCUCGCCAAGUGGAGGGUACGGCAAGUGGAGUAAUUUUGAUCGCCUUGUUGUAUCACGUACCACGGAAGAUCAUUUCAUUGCACCAGGAUGAUUUUGACAGAAAAGCGGUUUUUAGCUGUAGAACAACAUUGAACGGCACAAAGAAUAUGUAAAAUGAAAGUUGAAUAUACGCAAAUCGUGUCCCAAAAUUGCCCCAAAACACAUAUGGUUCUUAGAAGGAGGUAAAAAGAGGUGCACUCACCUUAAUGAUGUUGGCCGUCGUCAUCAUGUGACCCCGGGAAUUGCUUGAGGGCUGCCUAUUCCGGACCACCGUCACUGGUUUAUUUAUCCUAAGCAAAUUAGUCAUUCCUCACAAAUACACAGCGCUCUUCCGCGACUAGAUGGUUCGCCGACACAACAUACUCGAUCCGACAAAUUUCACAAUAACCGCUCUGUUGCCGCAAAUGAAUCUGCUGCUUUGCCGUUGCAUUGGUAGUGGCGGUUGUUUUCCCACCGUUUUCCACCCGCGCUGUGGUUGCUUUGCCGGGCAGUCUGAACAAUUGAGGUCUGUAAUGUUGUCUUCUUUGCAGAUCCGGAUCCACUGUACAGGUUUCGAUCGCCUUGUUCGGAAACUUGAUCACGUACUCGGUGGACCAAACCGGUUCACCUCAGGAUUUGGCCAGCCGCACCGGACUCUGGCUGUUGCGAUCGAACCGAAAUGUCGUGGUGAUUGUUGCUACUACGAGUGUUGCCGACCUGGGAAGAGCCGGACUGCACUGCACUUUUAUACUCACGCCUCGUGACGAUGGGGAUGUUUUAUUUAUCUCCUGCCUAUGAUGGUACGGAUGCGAGAGUGGUGGCUUCGGUGUUAAUGGUAUCGUAGGUGUUCCCGGCGACUGCUGAUAACUCGACAGGCCUCCUUUUAAGCCGUCCGUAGGAUCAGCCCCCGUUUGCUCGUACUCGCACUCUUUUUGAUUGAACCUAGGGGCAGAUCACUCUAAGAAUGUAUAACAAAUUUGCAUCAAAUUAGAAAAAAUGCAUUUAAUUUCCAUUUUUGCAUCAGCUUUGCACUCCCUCGCAGAAAAGUUUGUUUAACAAACGUUCUACGCUGAUCCACUUUGUUCGACGUUUUGUUAAAUGUAGGGUUAGUUUUUCUGUAGGGUUUUGACGUCUUACACGCAACGCAAAAUACAUUAUGAAUUUCUAUUUUGAUGGAAAUAAAUGCAUUUAAUUUCGCUGAUUUUUGAAAAUGCAUCACAAGUGAUCUGCCCCUAGGAUUGAACGCUAACCUCUCUACUGACUUUUUUUCCACGUUUUUUUUUCCUUUUUUCUCCCUUUUUGACGUUUUUUGCCUACGUCCGGUUUUUGUUGCCAGACAUUUGUUUUUGUCAAGCGAGUGUUUUACUUGCCUUCUUCUGUCGGGUAUGCCGUGCACGCUUAUCAUAAUUACCUCAAUGAACCAUAAUUUAAUUUUAUAAUUUAAUUCAAUAUGCACAUUAUUGCGCACUUCCACACCAACCUGGACUCCGCACUUUUAAAGUGCGAGUGAUCUCAAAACUGCGAGCUGUCAAAAACAUGUAUUUCAAGUGAUAGAGCAGAGCCACGAAAUUUCAAAAUCAGUUACCUAUUUCUGCUUGCAUUUACCGAAACCGACAUUCAGAUUCAACGCCUCCCUCAUUCAUUCACUUUCCAACUGACUGAAAUUUCAUGCAGAAUCGAAUGCUUGAGUGCAGAGGAAAUAUAAAUUCAUUCACCAACCAAAGCAUUCUUUUGUUAUUAUGUCGACAGUUUGAAGGCAGAAGUUAGCAUCUUCUACAUUUUCGAGCCUAAGAGAACUGCGUAAUCUAUAUCUGGUGCACUUUUGCUCAAUAAUCCCUCUCAGUGCUAGCAUAGAAACAAAAUUCACUUUGCUUCUGAAACCGAACAUGUUCGAACCUGACUGCGCUGCGUCGGGAGAACGAAUGACGAGAGAAACGAAGCAAACAUUUCAUUCAUCGCAGCGGGGGUGAAUUGAAUUUUGUUUUCUUUCAAGUUCACGUAGAAAUGUCAUUUUUUUUAGGCUCUGUGAUAGAGAUGGUACUUUCAUAGACAGACCAGUCGAACUAACCGGUCUAUGAGAAGAAUUUAAUGGAAGAAUGGUAAGUGCGCAGUGCGGUUAAAAUCCAGUUUUUAGUGCCACAAGCAAUAUCUUAACCAUUAUGUGCAAACAUAACAAAAUUCAUAAUGUAUUUUGCGUUGCGUGUAAAACGUCAAAACCCUACCAAAAAAACUGGCCCUACAUUCAACAAAAAACGUCGAACAAAGUGGAUCAGCGUAAGACGUUUUUUGGACACCUGGGACUUGGUGAUCAGCCUUACCUGUACUACGACGGUUUUUUUUUCGAACGAAUGUGAUGUGAUUUGUAAUCAUAAUAACGUCAGCCAAAUCGUCGUAAUGCAGAAUAAGGCUGAAUGUUUGUUCAAAAAUACGCGAAGCAAAGCCAUAAUUCUUGUUGACUGACGCUUGACAUCUGGAGCUUGGCGUGACAAAUGUCGUUCAAUGUCCGGCAACGGAAAUGCUGCUUUAUUGACUACAAUCUUAUUUAGGUCUGUCCUAGUUUCCUUCCCCAUCCAUAAGGGUGCAACAGUGCGUCGAAGGCCGAUUUGAAAAGUCUGCCAAACCAUGAAUUUAAGGCGAGCGAUUUUUUUUUGCCGCAGCGUAGAAAUUGUUCAAAAUUGGGUAUGAUGCGACGUCAGAUACCGAAGUAUUUUGUUAGAUCUUAUACUCUUCCCAGCGCUCCAUUCGCUUGAACUCGUCCGUAAAUUGAAUUCGCUUGGC